GCGAGUCAUGUUUGUUUACAAGCUGGAAUCGCGUCUCGUUUAUUAAAAUGACGUCUAUUUUGUGAAAGUUACCGUAUUUUUUGGCGGAUAACUUGAAUUUUCCAACAAAGGAAUCAUAAAGAGGGAGUGUUGCUGGGCCGAAUAGGGCUAAAUUUAUCACGAUGAAGUCUGCAGAGCCAAACCUUCGGAUUCCUGCUGUACUUAUGCCUUCCUUCCUCAAGGUUAACAGCACAGAGGAAGGCAAAAGUGCAGAGAAGAGAGUGCGAGUUAACUGUGGAAUCUGCAAGGAAACGCGAUAUUACUCAGUGUACAGAGGCGUGACACGCAUUGCAGGAACCAUUCUGGCAUGUGAGGCUUGUCGUCACUCAUAUCAAAAGUUCAAGAGAAGACCUUGCAUCCUCAAGUGCAACAAGGAGGGCAAAUGUUACGUCUUAGGUGACAAUUCCAAGAGCCGGUGCAAAGCUUGUUGGAUAGCGCAUAUACUCAGGCUGUGUCCUCUUCCUGCUGAUCUGUACAUCCACCUUUUAAAACAUCUUCCAGACGUUAUUAAGGAACGGAUGGAGUCCACUCCUCGGGUAAUGGAUGACAUCCCUGAAGAGGAGAGAGGGGCUAUUGGGCUGGAGAUGCAGAAGGAUGAGACAUGGGAGGACAUCACAGAAAUUGCGGCACCUCAGCAGGACCCUGUCAAGCAGGAGGAGAACGACGAGUGUGAGGAUGACAUGGAUGACGAGACGCUGGACGCUUACUUCGAGGCCGAAGAAUCGCUCAACGAGAGUCAGAAUACAAACCCCGGGAACAGAGUGAAUUCUUUACAUCACACCAACAGCAUAAAGACCGAGGCUGAGCCUGGGAAAUGGUGGACUGGAAGUGAUGGUCUGACGUAUAGUGUAGCGGCAUCUGGUAACACUCAGACAUACUUUAACAUGUGA